ACUUGUGUUUAUUUACGGAUAGGUCGCCCCCGUCUGCGUCUCUCUGAAUCUCACACUCUCUGCUAGGGUUUCUACGCCCUUCUCCCUCGCACCAAAAAACCAGGAUAUGGCGGAAGAGGCGCAGUACUACUCAUCGGAACCAGGCUCGAACAAGAGGAAGUAUGAAGAUCCAAGCUCGCCCUCACUGUCGUCACGCCGGCGCACCGGGUUCUCUGCUCCGGUUCCGUCGUCAAAUCCAGCCGACGGCUCCGCAGGCACUCCUCCUCCUGCUCCCUACAGCAACGUUCCGCCUCCGUUGGACGACUUCGAGCUCGCGAAGCAGAAGGCUAGGGAGAUCGCUUCUCGGCUGUUCAUCAACGCCGACCCAACGAAGGCAAGGGUUAACAAUAAUAGUGGCUCUGCUGCAUUUGAUGCUCGAGAACCUCAGAAGCCAAUGGGGUCUACAUUUAUGCCGUCAGGUGGUAAUUCCUAUGGAUACCCUGGUCCAUCCAGGAAGAUAGAGAUUCCAAAUGGAAAGGUUGGUGUAAUCAUAGGAAGGUCAGGGGAAACUAUCAGGAAUCUUCAACUCCAAUCAGGAGCUAAGAUACAAGUUACCAGAGACAUGGAUGCUGACCCUACAUCCCAAACUAGAGAGGUUGAACUGAUGGGCACUCCAGAGCAGAUAUCCAGGGCUGAACAGCUUAUUCAAGAUGUUCUUGCUGAGGCUGACGCAGGUGGUUCUGGCAUGGCUUCCCGUAGGCCUGGACAGCAGAUAGGAGCUGAACAAUUUGUAAUGAAAGUUCCUAACAACAAGGUUGGCCUUGUUAUUGGAAAAGGAGGGGAGACCAUAAAAAACAUGCAAGCAAGUUCAGGUGCACGCAUUCAGGUGAUACCUCUACACUUGCCACCUGGCGACACUUCCUCUGAGAGGACUGUACAGAUUGAUGGAACGAGUGAUCAGAUUGAAAUCGCAAAACAGCUUGUCAAUGAAGCUAUUAGUGAGAGUCGGCUCAGAAAUUCAUCUAUGACUGGAACAUAUCAUCAGCAAGGAUACCAAGCACGACCACCGACUAACUGGGCCCCACAUGUCGGACAAACACCGCAACCCGGUUAUGGAUACAUGCAGCAGCCUGGAACGUACCCGGGUCAAUCACCACAAUACAGCAUGCCUCAACAAUCACCAUACCCUGGUUACCCUCCCCAACCAGCACCCGGUGGAUACGGCCCUGGGUGGGACCAAUCAAAUCAAAACCAACAAACAGCACCCGCUGGCGGUGGUUAUGAUUAUUACGGUCAGGCCCCACCACAGCAACAACAGACUCAUGGAGGUUCCGGUGGUGCCCCACCACCUGCAGAUAAUACUGGUGGCUAUGGCUAUAAUAGUAACAACAAUCAAGGACAGACUUACUCCCAAGAUGGGUACACUGGGUAUGCUACUGCACCUCCCCCCGCACCGGCACCCCAAUCUGGCGGUUACGUGGGUCAGGCAAAUGCAGUUCCCAGUUAUGAUCAGCAGCAACAUGGGUAUUAUAGUAAUUCAUCUGCUCCACCACAAGACAGCCAAACAUCUUCCUAUGGAACUCAAGGUGAUGGGAAUCAAGCACCUCCCUCAAAUCAGCCAGCGGCCUUGGCACCACAUGGUGGCGGUUAUGAUACAUCUCAGAACCCGAGUUCUAAUGCCAGUUACCCCCCAUCCGUACAUCAAGGAACAAAUCAGACUCAAGGUGCCAGCGGCGGGUAUGGGGUUCAGCCGCCUGCCGUUGCUUAUGGGUCCCCCAACUACGGGCAACAACAAGGACAAAAGCCUCCGCCAACCACUCAACCCCCAGUUUAUGGGCAGCCGCCUCAGGCAUACCCUCCUCCCCCUGCUGGGUAUGGUGCCAUGGGGUAUGGAGCACCACCACCGUACGGAGCACCACCGCCACCACCACCACACAUGACUCAACCUGGAGUGCCGCCAUACAACAGUGGGCCCACUGGCGGUAGUUAUCCUCAGGCUUCCGCGUACCCUCCCCCAGAUGGAAGUGCGGGUGCUGGGCCAGCAGCGACGACACCCCACUCAACUGGGUCAGCGAAAACCUCUCCGCAGAACUGAUUCGUGUGUACUCUAUAUUUAUUCUGCAGUUUUGUUUCUGGUAAGUAUGUUCAGUGUUUUUUCUUGGGGGGAUUUUUUGAAUGUUGAAUUAAUUUUGUUCUUUCUGGUUUGAAAUUGGUCUAUAUAUGCUUGCAGACAUCAACCAUAGCCUCGUCUUUCUUUAACUAUGUUUUUUAAAUCUAUUUUAGAUACUCCCGUUCUUGAAUUUUUGUCUAUUUUUGACUUUUUUUAGUCACAAUUGGUAAAUUUUGACUUUAAAUUAAAUAAAAAUGAUAUUAGAUAUUCAUAUAAAAUAGUUUUGUUGGA